CAUUGGAACUCCUCGAGUGAAGGAGUUCCAAAGGUGGGAACGCGGAGAGAGAGGGCGCGAGAGAGGGAGGAGCAGGGUAAAUUUGUAAACACUGAAACCUUUGGCUGAGAAACAGGUGACACGCAACACACUCGGAUUAUCUGAUGCAUUACAAUUACCCCUUUCAAAUCUAACAGCACUGGUCGCGCGAAUGGUGGAGGUGACAUCACGCGUACGCUGCACGCGGCGCGACACAAUCAACAACGUCCUCGCGCGUUCCAGACAGCUUCGUUUAUUCUAAUAGGUGCAUUCUUGUUUUCUCGCCUCGCUUGCUUGUUGUGUAGAAUCUGGUGUUACAGCUAGUUGGCUCAUGUGUGGUUAGCAUUAGCCAGUUAGCUAACAGCAGAACCAUAUAAACAAGACGCACGGUGCGCCAGGAGCCAAGACAGACCCCUCGGCUUGUCAUUGUCUUGUUAAAAUGAACGUUACUGCUUUAUUACAUGACACUCGCAACGAGUUCUAUUGUAGAGAUCUUUCUAGAAUUGCUAAUAGAGAGGAAACGCAUGCUAGCUAGUUCUGUGUUAGUGUGAAUGUGUUAUUGAGUGUACGUGCAGGUAUAAUUGAACGGAAAUGUUCUUUAUCAGAGCUGAUCAAUAGUCAAAUGAAAAGCGUCUUAUCUUUUAGUCAUCAUAUAGAUUAUGCAGUCAGUUGAUCAAAGCAGGCCUCUCUGUAUUAUGAGCAGUGAAGGCCCGUAGAGUGGUAUUCCUGUCAUCUGCCAAAAAACUGUAGGAACAACAGUUUAAAUGCCAAAUUUGGGAAUAAUUGACAUUUUACACAUGGAAGAUUUAUGAUCAGAUUAUGAUUUGAGCUGAAGUUACUGAAAAGAAUAGAAAUUAGGCUUUUGACUAAUAUUGGGCCUUAAAAGGCAAAUCAUAACUAUUCUAUCUGGAUGGUCUUUCGAAGUGUCACAGGAAGUAGUUGAUCUAAAAUGGGAGACGAUCGACCUUUCGUCUGCACCGCCCCAGGCUGUGGACAGAGGUUCACCAAUGAAGACCAUUUGGCAGUGCAUAAGCAUAAACAUGAGAUGACACUGAAGUUUGGACAAGCCAGAACAGACACAGUUAUUAUAGCAGAUCAGACACCCACUCCCACCCGUUUCCUUAAGAAUUGUGAGGAGGUGGGUUUGUUUAGUGAGCUGGCUGGCUCCUUUGAACAAGAUCUUCGUAAAACACAAGAGGAGGAGGAGAGGAGAAUUAAGGGCACGCUUCCAGCACUGCAAACGCCUACUGAGGUUAAAGAGAGGGAAGGGCCUCUUGAGAUAGACUCUUCCCCUUCGGACAGCCCGGUCUCCGCAUCCAGCAUGACAAACAGCAAAGAUGCAGUCGCCAUGGCAAAGGACCCUGUUGCCAUGAGGAAGGUCAAGGAUGUUCCACCAAGGACUGCAGCAAGUUCUACCCCUACGCCAACCAUAGUGCGGCCAGGCUCGCUCUCUCUUCACCAGGGAUUCGACUCUAUGAAUCCGACUCAGCCCUCACCCACCUCUGUUAUCACAAGGACCCCUCCCUGCAACAGACUCAGCUCACCGUCUGGUUCUUUUCCCAUGCUGAUGCAGCUUCCAAAUGGCCAGACUGUUCCACUACUGCCCAGUCCAGGGCAGACUUCGGUCAUAUCACUUGCCAGAUCGUCAAACACGGUGCCCAAUAUCCCAGGGAUUCCAGGCCCUCCUAUUGGUGGAAGCAGCAGUGGCUCCUCCUCUCCAUCUGGAUACAGUACACACUCUGAUGCCAAAACGGUAUCCCCUGCUCCACCAAAAGGUGGACGCAGGCGUCGGGGGGCAGAUAUAGAGCCAGAUGAGCGCAGGCGUCGCUUUCUUGAAAGAAACCGAGCAGCUGCCUCACGUUGUCGACAGAAACGAAAAGUGUGGGUCAGUGCCCUAGAGAAACGUGCCGAAGAGUUAGCCACUUCAAAUGUCACCCUCACUAAUGAAGUGUCCCUAUUGAGGACUGAAGUGACACAACUGAAAGAGCUGCUAUUGGCCCAUAAGGACUGCCCUGUUACUGCCAUGCAGAAAAAAGCGUACCUUGCUGCAGGGGUGGAUGAGAAUUCAGCGUCUGCUUUGGUGAUGCCAGUAUCAGUUCCAACGCCAGUAUCUGUUAAUGGUCUGAGUGUACGUGCCGCAGAGGCUGUUGCCGUUUUAGCAGGAAUGGGCUCCGGCCAAUGGAGUAACACAGCAGGAGAUGCUUCCUCCCAAUUACAGGCCACAUCCAGAUGAUGAGCAUGUCCCUCAGCCAAUAGGAUCUAGAUAUACUGUCGAUGAGACUUUCAAAGGAGUGAAUUUCCCAAACAUUUCCCCUCAAAACUGUCAGUUACAAUGUGUUUAUUAAUGCCUCUCAUAUGACAAAUGGGAACCAAUGUUACCAAGCCUUGACCACACCCUGCUCACCAAUUGCCAGUCACAAACUGUCCCUGGGCCGAGUGGCAAAACAGUGUUGCCUGUCAUAGGUUGCCACUCUCAGACUGCACAGACAUGGAAGCACUGAAGUGGAAGUCUGUUCUUCUGUCAUCUCUAUAAGAUAUACAGUACACUUAGAGAUAUACACUCUCACUAAUGCAUUCAGUUGAUAUUUUGUCUUGUUUGCAGAUCUUUUUUUUUUCUUUUCCUUUUCAAAUAUAACUAUUCAUUGCAUGAUUCUGGCCACAUUAAUGAGAUGAUUACUACACUAUGCAGAUAAGUUUUAACACCUUAUUUCUCACUCUCUCGUGCUAUUGCUAUCUCUCACAUACUCGCUCUAACUCUCUCUCAUUUACCUUAUUGUCCCUCUCUUCCUCUCUGUCUUAAUUUAAUUGUUGUAUCUCUCUCAGGUCUGUGCUUCUGUGGCUGUUAAAGUGAAGAUCCGGUCUCAUAUUAGUGUAACCUGGCACCGCAGAAUUGACUUGCGAAAGCUUAAGAAUGGAGAGAAAUAAGAGCAAUAUAUUUUUAUAUUUGAAUAUCGUUAUCAGUUUGUUUGCAUUUUGCAGUCUAUAUAUGGAUGUAACGGGUAGCGUAACCACGUGGAUUUGUUUUCAGUCAGUUUGAUUAUGAUAUGCUCUGCUGAAUUAUAGUUAUCUUUAACCAAAAUACAUAAAUCCUUUUAUAUAAGAGGUUCGACCCCAAAGUUUGAGGAAACACACAAACACUUUCACAUGUAAUGACUUUUGUGCUUGCAUUUUGUGAAUGUAUAGUAGUUAACUAACCCGGCAAUGAAUGUGACGUCCCAUUUCAAAGUGGUUGAAAAUGCUUUUAAGAGACCUUGGGUCUUAGAAAGACUUUAUACAAAUGAAACAAUAUUAUUAUUUACUCAUGGCAACCCUGAGUAAAUGUCAUCUCCUGCACAUAUCUAACACAUAGCUUAAGGUUUUUUAUUUUAUUUUUUUUACUCCAUUAAACAGUUCACAGAUAGUCUUGUGUAGUUGAUAAGUAAACCUGAACACAGAGUAACCCCUACCCAUCAAACCCUUUUAAAUAAUAUAAUCUGCAUUAGUUUAAGCCUGGCUUUUAAACUCAUCAAAUUUGUUCCUUUUUUUUUAAAUCCAACUUUCAAUAUUUAGUUUUGAACACAGGUUUUCAUCUAUCUAGGUUUUAUUUUAAAAAUCCAGCCUGUCAUAUCAGUUUCUGUCAUUGACUUUCCUCUGGAUUUAUCAUAUUUGGAAGCAGAAUGUGCUACUUUCCACAGUGUGUAUACUGUAACUCACUGAUCCCAGAUUGUGUAAUGUGUCAGUGAAGCCCUUAAACUAGAGCUGUAAAUAUGAAAAAAGUGUCAGCAUACAAACGUUGCUUACUGUAUGAUAUUGACUAACUGAAAUGGUCCUUAAGAAAUGUUAUAAUUAAACGUUAAUGAAACUCUA